AUGUCUCCAUCAGAAACAACACCUCUGGCCGUUGCCAAGCCCCACCGCCAGUUCCGGUGGACGCUCCGCCGCGGAAGGCGGCGCCUGCCGAGCGUCCGCCUCGGCGGGAAGAAGCCUGGCCGCGGAUUCUUCCUUCUCCGCGUGUGCCGGCGCGUGAAGCUGAGGUGGCUGAGACAGAAGUACAUGAGGCUGCUGAGGAAGCUGAAGGAGUCGUACUCGUCGUUCAUGGCGGACGUGAUCGAAGGCAGCAGAACCGUCGAUUCUUACCAGCAGAGGAUGCUUCUAGAAUCUUCCUUCGCCAUCCCCGUCAUGGGCCUUUCCUUCGCUAGCUAUCCUACAUCGUCUUAUGGAAGAGAUAGGCCAGUAUUUUAA